AUGAAUCAUUUGGAUACACCAUUUUUCGAUUUGUCGAGAAGAGAAUAUUUGGCGAUGCCACCAAUGCCGUUGGAUCAGAGAAAGAAGGUGAGUUUUUUUUAUUUUGGAAAAAAUGAUUUUGAAAAAGGAGACACAUUUUGUUUUAAAAAUCACGUUUGAUGACUUUUAAAGUUUUCUGAUAUAUAAAAUUCAGUAAUUUUUCCCAUACUGAACUCCGUUUUGAAUAUAUAUUGUUAAAUAGCAAAAGCUUAAUCAACGUUCAGUUCAAAAUGUUUUUUCAAAUAUAAUUUCAUCAGAUUAGUCGAAAGAAAAAACGGAAGUUUUAUGUUAACAUAAUUUUUCAUCGAGCAUCCACAAAAUUGUAUGAUUCAUCGAGGUUCCCUAGUUCAUGAUCCCCCAUAAAUUAUUUCAUAAAGAAUUUGAUAAUCAUUUGCUUCGAUAACACUUUUCGUCAAAAACCGUCAUUUUGAAGUCCAUAAUUCUGUUUUUUGUACUCGUCGAUAUUUUUUUAAUCCCACGGGUUUUUAAUGUCAAACAAUGAUUUCAUACUUGGCAGGGAAACGUCAACUUAUUUAUUUUCUGAAAAACACUCAAAAGAUAAUAGUUCAAAAAUCGUCGCACUUCAGACAAUUUUUGUACAUAUAUUUAUGAAAAUAAUACAAUCUACCCACGAAAACAGAAAAAAACUGAUUUUUUGAACAAAAAUAUUUGAAGAAACACAAAUUUUGAAAAAAAUUUAGGACGCCGUCGAGAUGUUGAUGAAUCAAUGUGCUCAUAUGUAUCGCACAUUUCGCAAUCACGAUUUCCCGCCGAUUUUCAAGCAAACACUCAUUGAAGGCGUGUUGGAUCUUUUGAAAUUGUUAGAUGAAGUUGAUGAUACGCACAAGUUUGUGGUCAGUUUUUGUUACGUUUCCAUCCAGAAAAAUGUCUAUAUUUCAGACAAUCGAAAUGCGAGUUAGUGAAUUUCUUUUGAGUUGGCGAGCAUACUUCAACCAUCCUUUUCCAAUUCAUUUCCCAGAAAAUCAUCCUUGCAGAAGCCGUGGGUGA